AUGGCGCCUAAUCACCGGCGUGGUCCUUGGGUCCCAGAGGAAGACAGCACUCUGCUUCAACUAGUGCAUGAACAAGGGCCCAACAAUUGGGUGCGCAUCUCCCAGCAGAUGCAUUUCCGUUCUCCCAAGCAAUGUAGAGAACGAUUUCAUCAAAACCUGAAGCCAUCUCUAAACCACACUCCCAUUUCUGCUGACGAGGGGCUUCUGAUCGAAUGUAUGGUCAAUGAGAUGGGUAAGCGCUGGGCAGAGAUUGCACGCCGACUGGGCAACCGCAGCGAUAACGCAGUCAAAAACUGGUGGAAUGGCAACAUGAACCGUAAGAGGCGAGGUCUGGUGGUGCAGACGACUGGCCAGCACUCCUCGCGCACAUUUAAUGGCCGCAUUGAGCACCCAUAUCCCCGCGCCAGUGACCAUGAACAUCAUGCCCGAAGAUCGUCGGCGGUUUCGCCAGCAAAAGCUCGUCGAAACCGAAGCCCCGUUCCAGUUUCUCAGUUGAUUCUUCAGAAACGAUCGGCCUCGCCUACCCAUGAAGAUGACAACGCCCGGCGUCUCGCGCCCAUUCUAACCGGCAGCAGUCGACUUAUAGAAUCUGCGAUAAUGUCUCCAGCAUUUUCGGAGAUAUCAACGCUGGAACCACCGUCAAUGGUAUCCGAUCUUAAUUCAGUGUCUUCUGCUUCACCGAGGACAUUGCCGUCGCCGCAAAUGUUUCCUAUACCCAUCGAUGCACGCCAAGCAUACUAUUCAGAGCAGCAACGUCGAGGAAGCGCGCCGACCUACUCGUUUUCGCACCAUCCCAACUCAUCUAGGGAGGAAGUUUACAUAUCUCAUAAUACGGAGAAAGAUCCAAAUUUUAGAAGACAUUGGAGCGUCGAUCAUCAGUACACCAACUCAAUUACUGAGACGACAACAUCAUCAACUCGUGACUCUCGCAUGGGUCUUCAAUCUUUGCUCAAUUAA